UUUUUUUUUUUUUAUUUUAUUUAUUAGUGCACACUCUCCUUUUCCAUUCUUUUUUUUUUUGUUUUAUUCUUUCCUCUUUUAUUUUCUUUUUCCUCAAUGAAUUAUGAGACAUUAGAACAACAAACUGCACCUGAAAGUACAAGAGGUUUAUUUGAUAUUCCAGAGUUUUCUUCGAAGACUUCCUUUUCUGAUAAACGUCGUACUUUUCAUGGUGUAAGUAAUUCUCAACCAUUGGAUAAUAAUAGAAAUAGAAAACCUAUUUCUUUGAUGCCUACUCCACGUCACCAAAGAUCAAGGUCUGCUAUCAAUUCAGAAAUCGUCGUUACUACUUCAAGGUCAUCUUCUAGCUUACCAAAAAAUCGUCGAAGCGCUGUAGGCUUACAUAUUUUAAAAGAGGAAAUGGCAGUUGAUUCUUUACAAAACAUGAUAAAUACUCUAAAGACGUUACCUCCUAUUAUUUCACAAGAGAGACGACCGAGCGAUGAAAGUAUGUUUAUGUCAAGGGAAGCUGCUUUAGCUGAGGCUGAAGCCAAGUUGAUGGGUACAUUUAAUCGUCGUGAUGAGAAUGGAAAUGGUUAUAUCAAAAAAAGAGCUUCACUUCAACAGUUACCUGUAUUAAAUGAACAUGGUGAAUCAUUUUUAUCCGAACGUCAACAACAGUCUUAUAAUAAGAGGUCUUCAAUGAACAGUAAAUCAUUAAGUUUAUCUCUUGGUUCAUCUGAAAAUAGAAAAUCUCUUAGCCAUCGUUCUUCUCGUAAUUUUGAUGAGUGGAGAAAUAGUACAUCAUCUUUAUCUAUGAAUAAUAAUAAUAGUGGUAGUGGUAGCAAUAGAUCAUCAUUUUCUCUUGUUCCUUUUACACCUACUCGUGUUAAUUUUUCAAGAGAUGAUGCUAAUCCUCAUCAACGUCGACCUCUCUUUAUUGCUCAUCUUCCAUUUUCUGCUUUAACACCUUUAUUUAGAGCUAGGCAACUUGUACGUGGUAUUUUACGUGUUAACAAAAGAAAUCGUAGUGAUGCUUAUGUCUCUUGUGAUGAACUUGAUGGAGGUGAUAUCUAUAUUUGUGGUUCAAGAGACCGUAAUCGUGCUCUUGAAGGUGAUGUGGUUGCUGUCCGUCUUGUCAAUGUUGAAAAAGUGGUUCGUGAAAAGCAAGAAAAGGAAGAAGCAAAACUGGCUCGAAAUAAUGGUCAAGUCAAGGUACGUUUACCCGAUGAAGAAGAUGAAAAUGAAAUUAUCUUUGGUGGUGAUGAAGAGAUUGAGAUCGUGAAACCUAAAUAUGCGGGUGUCGUUGUAGCUAUCUUGGAAAGAGCUCAAAAUCAAGUGUUUUCGGGUAACUUGACUUUGAUGAGACCUAAUAAUAAACGUGCCGAGGAACAACAAGACGUAAAGAAGGAAGCCCCUCGUAUUGUUUGGUUUAAAGCUACUGAUAAACGUGUUCCCUUGAUUGCUAUUCCUAUUGAGCAAGUACCUGCUGAUUUUGUGGAAAAUAAUGAAGCCUAUAAGGAUCGUCUUUUUGCAGGUUCUAUUAAACGUUGGCCCAUUACUUCUUUGCAUCCCUUUGGUAUUCUAGAAAAAGAAUUAGGUGUCAUUACUGACUUGGAUGUUCAGAUCAAGGCUAUUUUAGCAGACAAUAAUGUGUCGGAUACCCCUUUUACAGAGGCUGUUAUGGAUUGCAUACCAUCCCCUUAUCAAUUCACAAAUGAAGAAUAUCGUCGUGAUUUAACUUUAGAUGAUCAUCAUCGUAUGAUUACUAUUGACCCAGCUGGAAGUACUCUCUUUGAGGACGGUUUAUCUAUUACUCGUUUAGGUGAUGAUACAUUCGAAGUGGGUGUACAUAUCACUGAUAUCACUUGUUAUAUUAAACCUCAUUCACCAUUGGAUAAAGAAGCUAGGGCCAGGGCAGUUCAUGUCUGUCUUGAUCAAAAGGAAGUACCCAUGUUACCCACUGAAUUAGCAAAUAUUGCAAACUUUACACUAAAUGAGUCAAAACCUGCUAUUUCUGUGAUAUGGAAAAUUAGUUCAGAUGGUAUGUUAUUAGAUACCUGGUUUGGAAAGACAAUUGUCAAAUCUUGCGCACAAUUAACAUAUGAAGAUGUACAAGAUAUAAUAGAUGGAAAGGAGGAUAAUAAGGUUAACAAAGAUAUUAAAGAGAAUAUUCUUAUGUUAUAUGAGCUUGCAUCAACACUUCAUCAAACACGGUAUACCAAAGAUGCUAUGUCUCUAUUCAAGACUACUCUCAAAUUUGAUGAUCCUAAUAAACCUACGAAAUUUAAUGUUUCAAAUUCAAGACCUGAUAUUAUUAAAAUAGUCAAAGAAUUCUUAUUUAUGGCCAACAAGUGUGUAGCUCAAAAGAUAUCUAGUCAAUACCCCGAACAAGCUUUAUUACGACGUCAAGCACCACCCAAUUCCAGAAAGAUUCAUGAAUUGAAGGAUUAUGCCUCACGUUAUUUAGGCAUUCAAUUAAAUAUUACGAAUGCAAACACAAUUCAAGAAUCAAUUCAAGCUAUACAAGACGAUGAAUUACGUCAAUUAAUAUCUACUCUUGUAUUAAAAACAAUGCAACCUCCUAAAUACUUUUGUACUGGUGCAUUUGAUAUUUUAAAAUAUUCUCAUUUUGCUACCGGUCUACCUCUUUUCACCCAUUUUACUGCACCUCUUCGUCGAUAUGCUGAUAUCAUUGUUCAUCGUCAAUUAGAUUCUACUUUAACGGGUGAAAAACAUUUCUAUUUAGAUCGUGAUACGGUUCAAAAACUUGCCCAGCAUUGUAAUGUAAAGAAAGAAGCAAGCAUUACAGCAAAAGAACAAAGUAAACUAUUAUCACUCGCCUUAUAUCUUGUUCAUAAACAACCUCAACAAUCAAUGACAACUGUGUUUGGAGAAGCACGUGUGAUUGCCGUAAUGGAAGACUAUUUUGACGUCUCCUUACCUGAAUUUGGUAUACAAAGACGUAUCCAUCUUGCUAAUUUGCCCUUGUGGAGACAUGAAUAUGAUCCUCAAGAACGUGCUCUGACUAUGUUUUGGAAACAAGGUGUUAUUCCUUCUACUGGAUUACAACAUCAAUGGAGUCUUUCUGAUGAUGAGUAUGAAGAAGAAGAUGAUAGUCAUCAUCAUCCAAUCUCUUCUAUAAGUAGCUCCCACAUUAGAAAACAAAGUAAUGAAAUGGAAAAUAAUCCACAGUUUGAGGCUAUUGCUCUUGCUGCUGCUAGAGCUGGUAUUAUCCCAGCUACAUCUAAUUCAACCAAGAAAUCUGCUUCAAAGAGAGCUUCUAUUAUUAGCUCUCGUUUGUCUGCUAGUACAGGAUAUAGUUCUGAACGAUCUUCGCAGACUAUUAAAGCUCUGGAUAAGAUUAGAGUCAUGCUUACCAUUGAAAUGACUAGAACCCCUCCUUUGAUUCGUGUCUUUGCUGCUAAUCCUUACGCUUAAAAAUUCUAUCUAUUAUUUAUCAUCCCUCUCUCUCCCACACACACACACACACUUCCCUUCCCCCCCCCCCCUCUCUCCCCCUCCCUUUCCAUUCGUCUUUUGAAUAUACACUACUAUCAUCUAUUAUGGAUUGAUUGAUUGAUUAAUUAGUUGACCCCCUUUUUUUUUAUAUAAAUAUAUUCAUUAUUAGCCAGUAUAUAUUUUUAUACAUAUAUAUGUAUACAUAUUCAAUUAUGUAGUAUAAAUAAACAAAG